AGGUUUUUAUCCUCUUCCUGUUUGUCAGUGUGUGUUUUUUUCUGUUGGCCUCUUCGGCGAAACUGGUUUCUUAACGUCUGAGUUUAGCUAGCUUACACCUGCGACAGUUUCCCCAUUAAACGCGGAAACUGUUUUACCUGCAGCAUUAAAGAUGGCGGCAGCCUAGGAGCAGUUAUUUUUAUUUGCUUGUACAGUUUAUGUGGACGGAACCGGUUAUGUUUACCUCAGGAAAACUGCCAGAUUCGGGCUGAGUUUCAGGUAUGACGGGGUAAGAGGAAACACCUUCUGUUUAAUUUAUAAUUCGGUCUCAGCUGCUUCAUUAAUUCGUCUUACUUGCAUCGCUUAAACCCUGUCAAAGUUAAACACUAAUCUAGUAAAUUAUCAGGAGUAGAAGAUAGUGACGCUCAUUUUAGCCCCCAAAAAAGGUGAUGACAAGCGUUUAAAAACCAUAAACGACAGAAAUCCUGCUUUGUCAAAAGUCAAGCUCCAAUGCUCAGCUGUUUUUUUUUAAUGGGGUCAUCAUCUUAAGAUCCAGAGGUCCAUCUCAGAUUUUCAAAUGAAAAUGGAGGAAAAGCCCCUCUCAGGCCCAGACAACACCAGGCUGGAGGCCCUGAUCCAAGACGUGUACUCUGAGCUGGUGGAAGAUGCGUGUUUGGGCCUGUGUUUUGAGGUGCAUCGCGCCGUCAAACAGGGCUAUUUCUUCUUGGAUGAAACGGACCAAGACAGCAUAAAGGAGUUUGAAAUAGUGGAUCAGCCAGGAGUGGACAUAUUUGGCCAGGUGUUUAAUCAGUGGAAGAAUAAAGAGUGUGAAUGUCCCAACUGCAAAAGGUUAAUAGCAGCUUCUCGCUUUGCUCCACAUCUGGAAAAAUGUCUCGGCAUGGGACGCAACAGCAGCCGCAUCGCUAACCGCAGAUUAGCCACCAGUAACAACAUCAGCAAAUCUGAGAGUGAUCAGGAAGAUAACGACGACCUCAACGACAACGAUUGGUCGUACGGAGCGGAAAAGAAAGCCAAGAAGAGAAGGUCAGAUAAGAAUCAGAACUCUCCAAGAAGAUCCAAAUCUCUGAAACAUAAAAAUGGCGAGCUUGGGGCUAGCCUUGGUUCGGAUCCCUACAAGCAGUACAACUACAACGCUGGCAUCAGCUAUGAAAGCUUGGGACCAAAUGAAAUCAGAUCUUUGUUAACAACACAAUGUGGGGUGAUCUCUGAGCACACCAAGAAGAUGUGCACAAGGUCUCAUCGAUGUCCGCAGCACACAGAUGAUCAGAGGAGGGCCAUCAGGUUGUUCCUCCUGGGGCCGUCCGCGCCGACGCUUCCUGAUGCUGAUGUGGAGGGCGACAGCUUUGACAUUCCCAAUGGUCAGGCCUUACUGAGCCGCCUGCAGUGGGAGGACUUCCCUGACGUCUCCCCCACUGACUCUGCCUCAUCAAAAGCCAGCACCAAUCACUCAGAUUCCAGGAGGCCCAAAAAGAAGAAGAGGUUGGAUCUGAGCUUGAACAGUGGAGGGGGAGGAGUAAAUAUGACUGGAGUCAGCAGCAGCAGCAGCUGUCAGAGUAAUAUCAACUUAUCAACCAAAAAAAAGAAGCCCAAAACAGCAGCACCUUCUGUUUCCAGCAUCUAUGAUGAAUUAAACUAGCAUGGACCUGCUUUUCAUGCACAGGUUUA